AUGGAAAUGGAAACCGCAUCAUCACCUUUAUUAACGCUAAGUGUGUGGUCAUCCUACAUUGCAAUAAAUUUUACAUUAGCGUUUUUGACUUAUGUAGCUCACUGGCCUCCUAAAAGUUGGAAUUUUUGGAUUAAUGUUGUCACAACCACAAUUGGAACGGUCUUCAAUGAGUUCCCUUUUUAUAUUAUCUCAUUUAAAGUUUGGAUGUGGUUUGCAGUGAUUAUUAUGGACGCUUGGAUUGUUGUUUCAUUUUCCAAAUCACCUUUAAUACUCUUGCUAGCGUUUACUUCGGAAAUAUUUACUACGUCAAUCUUAUCACAUAAUUUUUAUAAGAAUUAUAAAUCUCGUCGAAUCGUACAUGCAUAUACUCAUACAUUUGAACGUUACGGUCCCGAAUUACCCAAUAUCACGUCAACGAAUUUUUGGCUUCGUUUUAUGUUGCCAAUUUACAUUCCAACAAACGUUAAAGUAUUUCGAAAUAUUACAUAUGGAACACUACAAGAAUUACAAGAGAUUGGUAAAGAAAAUGCAUCAUAUUUAAAAUUGGAUGUUUAUGUACCAAAACAUGUAAAAAAAGCUGAUCGCCGUCCAAUAAUGCUCUUUAUACAUGGCGGUAGUUGGAUAGCAAUGGAUAAAUCAAUACCAUUCCCGCAACCAUUUUAUUUAUCAAGUAAUGGAUGGAUAGUAUGUUCAAUUAAUUAUCGUUUAGCACCGAAAAAUCCUUAUCCUGCUUGUUUAAUUGAUUGUAAAAGAGCGUUAAGAUGGAUUAAAGAAAAUAUUGCUUCAUAUGGGGGGGAUCCAAAUUUUGUAGCGGUUUCAGGUGAUUCGGCUGGUGGUCAUUUGGCUGCUUUGAUGUCUCUUACUGCGAAUGAUAAAUGUUAUCAACCAGGAUUUGAAGAUGUUGAUACUAAAGUACAAGCAUGUGCUUGUAUUAAUGGUGUUUAUGAUGUCACAAAUAAACAUAAUGCUUUCACUCCUUUAUUUACUAAAUGGUUUGUUAAGGAAAUUUGUGGUAAAAGCGGUGAUGAGGAUGAAAAAGAUGUUCGGGACAUGUUGGAAAAUGCUUCUCCUGAAAUUUUAGUAGAGAGAAAAGGUAAUAAUGAUGAAAAAAUCGUACCUUUCUUGGUAUUCCAUGGAGACAAUGACCAAUUAGUAAACAUAAAGAGUUGUAGAGAGUUUAUAAAAACUUUUCGUAAAUAUUCCCCUAAAUCCGACCUAGUUUACAUAGAAUUUCCGGGAGCGCAUCAUGCAUAUCAUAGUGUAUCAUCUCCACGUACCCAUUAUUCUUUGAUAGCUAUGUUACGUUUCUUAAAUUGGGUUUAUCAUACUUCAAGUUCUAAUAAUAUUACAACAGAUUUUAAUGGAAAAAAAAAAUUAAUAAAUGUUGAAGAAGACAAAUAUAGAUUUAAGAGUUUGGAUAACUUGGUACCAAUAAUUUAG